AUGUCGUUCAAGUUUCCCGAAUUGUGGACGGAGAGCAGCAACGCCGCCUUCGCCUUGGUGAAGGACCACCUCGAUAAAUGCCAGCAUCUGAUAAAAUGGAAGCAAUCGGAAUCGAUCCUGGAAAUCGGCUUGGGCACCGGCCACAAUUCCCUCAGAACGUUGUUUCCCCUGCUGCCCGACGACUACAAAGAAUUCAUCGGCAGCGACACCUCCGAAGAAAUGGUCGAAUUCGCCAAGAAGCACUUCAACAUACCCAAAUCCACCGUGAGAAAAUUGGACGUGUGCGCUGGCGUUCCCAUCGAGUUCGAGGAACGAUUCGACCACGUCUUCGGGUUUCUGGUGAUGCACACGGUAAAAACCCCAAGAGAAGCGUUCGUGAACAUCAAACGCAUGCUGAAGCCCGGCGGUUCGGCGUUUCUCACGUUCUUCGAACGAUCCUCGGCCCAAAAGGCGUUCGAGAAGCUGAAGGACAGCACCAAAUGGAGCCGGUACGUGCACGAGGAGUCGCCGUUUCCUUAUAGUUACUCCGAAAAUCCACGCGAGGAUUUCGUGAAAGAUAUCGAAAGCGUCGGUUUCCAACAGUAUGAAUUGAAACCGGUGAAUGAUACGUACGAAUUCGGAGAAGAAGAGUUUAUUGAUCUGCAUUUGGCUGUGAAUCCGGCUAUUCCGUUUAUCCCCAAAGAAUUGCAAGAGGAAUAUAAAAAAGAUUAUAUUAAUGAAUUAUACGAAACACCGAUGUUCACAGUAAAAACUAACAACGGAAGGAAAACAAUCGUAAUGAACUCUAAAAGUCUUAUUUUAUACGCUACUAAAUAA